AUGACUGCUUUUCAUCUAUCGUUCACGUCUUCAUCCUCAUCACUCGCCAUCUGGCCAAGACGCCUUCAAGACCUCUUGUCGUCCCUCGCCGGUACUGCCCUCAUACCAGCAGAUUGCGACCGCUUCACGUCACAGUCCACGCGACAAACGCGCAACCCGCAUCGUCGCACGCAAAGGAGCACUCCUGCGAAAUAUAGGCUUCGCUCUCCCAACCUCAUUCCUGAGGAGAUAAGCAACGUCAUCUACACGAGCUCAGAUUCGCUCCAUCCCACGAUCAAUACCGGCUUUAUGCCGUCCAUUCGAGUACAAGACAAGACUCUUCCCAGCGCCUUCGAAGAGGACGAGUCGUCAUCUGGGCGCCGGCUCCUCCGAAAACGCAUCCCCAGGACCGGCAGAACUUGUCGAUCUCCACCACUUGAUGCCACCCACGGAAGGUGGCAGGCGCCUCUCCGCGGAACUGCGAGCCGCGAUGAGAAGAAGGUCCUGGAAGUGGUGAAAGAUCUCUCCCAACGGAAGCGCGAGACAUCACGCCUCAACAGCCUGGCUGACGUUGUGCCAUACAUCAAGAGCUCGUACCAUGCUGGAGGAGUUCUAGCCCACGCCGUCGGCAGAGGAUCCAACAGUCGAUACGACGUAGUACUACGUCGACAGGAAGAAGCGCGCAUCGAUCAAGUACAAGUGCACAUGGAAGAGGACGCUUUGCAGCACAAGAUGCCUGACAGGCAGCGGGGAGGAAUCGGGACAUUGCUGCGAUCUCAACGACCUCCAGUGCCGCGUUUUCACAUAUCAGGAGUUCGGGGACCUGUUGGGUUUGGUAGUGCGGAUGACGUCUUGGGGCGAGGGCCUUUCUCCACCGAAGAGCAGGGAGAACCGGAGGCGUCAAUAUUUGGCCGGUUGCCAGCAACCCAUCGGCGUGUUCGAACUUGA